AUGGUUGCGAACAGGUCUGCUCGCCUUGCCAGCUCGUCAGGCGAAAAAAUAGCGGGGAGUCGGAGUGGUUUGGCGCGUCGCGACAUUGAUAGUGGCGGGGCUGGCCCGUCCGCUCCUGCUGCUGCUCCGUCCGCUCCGGCUGCUGCUCCUGUUCCCCUGGCUCUCUUUGUCGAGCUGCCGGUGUCUGCUCCUGCUGGGGGUGUUGCUGAUCCCCCUGUUCCUGUCCCUGGCGCGCCCGUUGCACCGCCCACUUCUGUCCCCGACGUGCCUGCUCCGGCUUCUGUUUCGUCGCCGAAGGCGGCGUCCGCCACCACUGGCGGCCCGGCUCCGUCGGUUGCGCCAGUCCGCACCUGCGGCGAUGCCAAUGGCCCAAGCAGGAGUGCGCAUCGUCUCGGCGCCGGCGUGACUCUCCACGGCGCUACCAACAGCAAUCUCACUGGCCUGCCCAACCCGGCGGUCACGGGGGCUGGAGGGGUCCCCGCGGGCGCGGUGGCGGCUGCGCUCCCCUUGGAUCCACUACCUGCUGCUGCACCCCCUCCGCAGGUUCUAGCCCCAACGCUUCUUGCUCCCGCUGCCUCGGCACCUGCUCCUGGAGCGCGCCUUCGUCUGCCGCCGGUUCCGCCCGUGGUGGGAGUGGAAUUUGUGGCCGCGGGAGGAGGAGCGGCGGGGGCACGGUAUUCUCCUCACGUCGCUGGUGGAUCGGCGUUUCUUGCUGCCGAUGAGCCGUUUCAUUUCCUGGCGGAGGCACUUCAGCCUCCUCUGACACGCGUUCCUGAGGCGACACUCGGCCAGCUCUCCCGCCUCGCGGAGAGCCUUCAUGCGCGGCUGUUGAUUCAGGUGCUUGCUCAUGCGUCUCUCCCCGCAAUUCCCGCAGAGACGUUUCAUGACCGUCCGCGUGAGACGUGCUUGGAUGCUGCGGACCAGCUCGCACUGCUCCUGGGGCCCGUGUUGGCUGCGCCCGCAGAGGGUGGCACUGCGGCUGUGGGACAGCUUGACGAGGCUGUCCGGGGUUUGAGGCGACACUUGCGCGCAGGUUCUGGAGCCGCCGCGAUCGGCGCAAGCACACUUGUGGUCCGGGAGCUGUGGCGGACGUUGACGGCCGUUCUUCACGCCCUUGGAGCUCACCGCAUGUAG